AUGUCGUCGCCGCCGUCGUCGGGCCGCCCGCCGCGACGGGCGGCGUCGGUGCGCGCGGCCUCCUACGACGAGUCGCUCGUGGACAACGCCCUGCAGGCCUACCUGGGGAACUCCCCGUCGCGCCGCAUCCGGCGCCUGCGCCGCCUCUCCCCGGAGGAGCGCCAGCGGGAGACCGAAACAGAGGCGCUCAUCGCGCUCUCCCUGGGCUUCCCCAUCGACGAGCUCCUCCCCGCCGAGGAGGCCGUCCUCGCGGCCCCCGACGCCGCCGCGCCCAACGACUACAUCGUCGUCCGCAACCACAUCCUCGCCUCCUGGCGCGCCGACCCGCGGGUGCCGCUGCCCCGCGCGCGCGUGCUCGAGACCGUCGCCGCCACCUACGACCACCUCGUCGCGGCCGCGCACGGGUUCCUCACCCGCGAGGGCCACGUCAACUUCGGCGUCUCGCCCGCCUUCCCCGCCUCCCCGCCCCCCGACGCGCCCGAGGGCCCCGCCGCGUCCGUCCUCGUCAUCGGCGCCGGCCUCGCGGGGCUCGCGGCCGCGCGCCAGCUCCUCCGCUUCGGGCUCCGCGUGCUCGUCCUGGAGGGCCGCGCCCGCCCCGGCGGCCGCGUCUACACCGCCCGCCUAGGCGACGGCCAGGCCGCCGUCGAGCUCGGCGGGAGCGUCAUCACCGGGAUCCACGCCAACCCGCUGGGCGUGCUCGCGCGCCAGCUCGGGAUCCCCCUCCACAAGGUGCGCGACCGCUGCCCGCUCUACUACCCCGACGGCCGGACUGUCGGCACCAGGCUGGAUAGGGUCAUCGAUCUGGUCUUCAACACGCUUCUAGACCACGCCACCAAGCUGCGGGAGGCGCUCAAGGAAGCCGCGGAGGGGAUCUCCCUCGGGGAAGGGAUUGAGAGGCUCAGAAGGCUCUACAGCGUGGCCAAAACCGAGGAGGAGAGGGAGGUUCUUGACUGGCAUCUGGCCAACCUGGAGUUCUCCAAUGCCGGUUGCCUAUCGGAGCUCUCGCUGGCGCACUGGGACCAGGACGACCAGUUUGAGAUGGGUGGAGACCACUGCUUCUUGGCUGGAGGGAACUCGAGGCUCGUGCACGCGUUAUGCGACGGCGUACCGGUGUUGUAUGAGAAGACGGUGAAGCGGAUUGAGCAUGGCGUGGAUGGGGUGAGCCUCACCGUGGAAGGAGGGCAGGUUUUUCAGGCCGACAUGGCGCUCUGCACUGUCCCUCUUGGGGUGCUCAAGAGUGGGAGCAUCGAGUUUCACCCGGAGUUGCCUGAAAGCAAGCUUGGAGCGAUUCAGAGGCUGGGGUUUGGUUUGUUGAACAAAGUGGCCAUGGUAUUCCCAUCCGUGUUUUGGGAUGAAGACAUUGACACAUUUGGGUGUUUGAAUAAGGACAGCAGCAAGCGUGGAGAAUUCUUUCUCUUCUACAGCUACCAUACUGUCUCUGGCGGCGCAGUACUUAUCGCACUUGUGGCAGGAGAGGCUGCUUUGGAUUUUGAAAAGGUUGACCCUAUUGUCACGCUUCAUCGGGUACUUGCUAUUCUUCGAGGUAUCUAUGGCCCAAAAGGUGUUACUGUGCCUGAUCCUAUCCAAUCAGCUUGCACAAGAUGGGGUAGUGACCCUUUUUGUUGCGGUUCGUACUCCCACAUCAGAGUCGGGUCUUCUGGAACGGACUAUGACAUUCUUGCUGAGAGUGUCAGUGAUGACCAUCUCUUCUUUGCUGGAGAAGCCACAAACCGUGCAUACCCUGCAACGAUGCACGGUGCCUUACUGAGCGGACUAAGAGAAGCUGCUAGGAUUUUCCGGGCUUCACAAAGCAGAGUGAAUUCAGAUCCAAAGAAGUACGCUCUGCAGAGAAGCCCUAGACCUACCGAUGGCAUCCUUGAAGAUCUCUUCGCAGAGCCAGAUCUUGAAUUCGGGAGAUUCUCGUUUGUGUCCUCCUCUAUGACACCCGAUGAUCCACAGUCUUUGGGAUUGCUCAGGAUUACACUUUGGAAAGAUUUGCUUCUGGGUCCAGUAGGGGAUCAAAAGGAUCAGGAGCCUGCGGCUGAGAAGGCAGCGAACCAGGAAGCCUUCCAUCUAUACGCGACCAUCUUCCGACAGCAGGCCGAUCAGCUGCAACUGGCAGGCGAUGAUGACCAGGCUAGGCUAGGGCUGCUAUGCAAGGAUCUUUGUGUCAAGCUUAUGGGCUACGACAAUACGUGCGAUGUAGGCAACUCUCUUAUUCUUAGCAUCGUGAGCACUCAGAAAGCUAGGAAGAGGCUGCAGAGCGCCAAGAAGUUCAGAAGCUGACAUUGACAUGUGUUUACCACUACCAGAUUGUUUUAUUCUCUUUGUAGACGAGAAGCAUUUCUAGUUAGGUUGAAGCAUCUCUCAGGUAAGAUUGUUUUGUAAUGUAGUGUUGUACAAACUCAGACUUGGGGCAGGAUCCAAGAUAGCGCCGUGUUGGGUUC